GAUUGUUCAUGACUGGGCCACGGGGAAAAUAUUCCCACACUUCCAGUUUGUCUUCAGUUUCAAAUUCCGGGAUUUGAACAUGAUUAAAGACAGUAAACCUGAGGGAACUGAUUCUGGAGCAAUAUCCUUACUUUGAGAAUAUGCUAGGAGAGGUCUGGAAGAACCCAGAGGGAUUGCUGUUUAUAUUCGACGGUCUGGAUGAAUUCAAGGAUGGAAUCGAUUUUGCUGACAGUCGGAGAGACACCGAACCUAAGCACCAGUGCCCAGAUCCCGAGUGGUGGUGUGAAGUGUCUGACAUUGUGUACAGUUUAAUCCAGCACAAGCUGCUCCCAGGGUGUUCAGUGCUAGUGACCACCCGCCCCACUGCGUUACAUUUACUGAAAAAGGCAGCGAUCAGUGUCUGGGCUGAAAUCCUGGGAUUUGUUGGUGAGGAACGGAAGGAAUAUUUCACCAGGUAUUUUGAAGAUCAGACGGUGGCAGCAGCUGUUUUCAAACACGUGAAGGAGAACGAGAUCCUGUACACCAUGAGCUACAACCCCUCCUACUGCUGGAUCCUCGGCCUGACACUGGGCCCCUUCUUCACACAAACACACCGGGGCCCACAGCAAGUUCCCAAGACCAUCACACAACUAUAUUGCUACUUUAUUUACAACAUCCUGAAAAACCACGGCCGUGAGAUUGAGAGCCUCCGUGAGGUGUUACUGAAGCUUGGUCAGAUGGCCUUCACUGGAGUGGCUGAGAAGAAGAUUGUGUUCACAGAUGAAGAUUUGGUCAAAUACAAUCUGCAGCCUUCCCAGUUCCUGUCCGGGUUCCUGAUGGAACUUUUGGAGAGAGAAGAUUCAGCCCGGAGUGUGGUGUACACCUUCCCGCACCUCACCAUCCAAGAGUUUGUAGUCGCACUCGCACAAUUCAUGACUCCAGAUCCCGGGAAUAUAAAGACACUCCUCAUUGAAGCCCAUGGCAUGAUAGACGGGCGAUUGAAGUAUUUCUCCGUUGUGUCGCUGGUCUGUCCUCCCCACCAGCAGCUUGGAUCCUGGAGGAGUCUCUGGGUAAAUUCACACAUCAAACAAUCUGCCGAGUGAUUGACUGGGCGAAGG